AUGAAGGACGCCCGCCCGCAGGAAAAGAGUGCGCCCCCGAAGGAGGAAGACGACAUUCUGAACGAAAAAACCAUAACGGUCAAGAACAAGGAAAUACCGGAGAGCGUGCAGGCCAUGGUGGCAGACAUAUGCCUCUCCAUUGCCGACAUUAGAAGCCCAGCAGAGCACCGGAAGCUUGCCAAGAAGAUAAAGGAGGCGCUCGACAAGAAGUACGAGAAAGGCUGGAACGUGAUCAUAGGGGAGAGCUUCACGGGCUCCUGCUCCAUCGCAAAAAACAACUUCUUGGAGAUGAGGAUGGCGAACGUGGACAUUCUCGUCUUUAAGUCCAGCGCGCCCGUGAAAAAGCAGUAA